UAACGACACAUGUUGACUUCCUUUCCCUCUCACCCCAUUUUCAAGCCCUCUAUGCCUCCUUUUCAUUCCUCUCUGCCCCUGUCCCGGUUGCUAAACAUCGACCCAGAAAACCCUACACCUGCGGUGAUGAUAGCGAGCAGCUCUGGGCCUGGUCUCUGCUGCUCCCAGGUGGUCCUUCUGGGUACUGCCUGUGGGAGAGGUGGGAGAAGAGACCAGCCAUCAGUUGGAGGAUCAGUUUGGGGGAGACACCUGGUGCAGCAGGCUUAGCGGAAAAGGGGAGCACUAAGACCCAGGGACAGUGGAGAAUUGCAGCGAGAAGCUGGUGGAAGAGGAGUAGGUGGUGUGUAUGUGUGUUGGGGGUUGGGGGAGCCUUCUGGUACCUUGGUAGCAUCCGAAACAGCAUCAGCCAUAACGACAGAAAUGGCCAGUCAGUCUCAGGGUAUCCAGCAGCUCCUGCAAGCUGAGAAGCGGGCAGCUGAGAAGGUGGCAGAUGCCAGAAAGAGGAAGGCCCGGCGUCUGAAGCAGGCAAAGGAGGAGGCCCAGAUGGAGGUGGAGCAUUACCGUCGAGAGCGAGAGCAGGAAUUCCAGAGCAAGCAGCAGGCGGCCAUGGGCUCCCAGGGGAACCUCUCAGCUGAGGUGGAGCAGGCUACGAGACGCCAGGUACAGGGCAUGCAGAGCUCCCAGCAGAGAAACCGUGAACGCGUCCUGGCCCAACUUCUUGGCAUGGUCUGUGACGUCAGGCCCCAGGUCCACCCCAACUACCGGAUUGCUGUCUAGAAUUCACCAUAGGACCUGACUGUUCCCUUCCAGUUCCUUUCCUCAAAGAAACCCCCCAAACAAAAUUACCACCUGCCAUCUUCACUGCUUCUUUCCCAUUUUCUCUCCUUUCCAUUCCCUAGAAAUUCUAGGGGCAAGAUCCAAUAACUCUGUGAAAAGUACCCUGUUCAGAUCUGAGUCUCCUUACUGUUCUUUAACCUUCACUGGGACCUUGUAAACUCCCAAGUCACUCUCACUGAAACCCUCUGUGAAAUUUGUAGCAUGGAUAAGUAGGGAUGUGGAAAAAAAACACUUUGACUUCAGAGCCUGGAAGCCUUGGGUUCCUUUCCCAACCCUGCCACUUUCUGGCUGUGCACCCAGGACAGCUACUUAAUCUGUAGUCCAGUGUCCUCCUUUGCAAGAUUGGCAUGAUGCUGAUGGUGAUAAUAACAAUAAUACAUACCUUAUGGGACUGCUGCAAUGAUUGGGAAUCACUCUGUAAAGAGCCUAGCAUGGUUUUUGGCAUGUAGUUGCUGUGAUUCCAUAAAUGUCUGCCCUAUGAUAUUAUUACCACCCGUUGCCCACCGUCAAAACCAAAACACAACUGUUUCCUCACAUUUGUCAAUGGCUGUCUAAUUCACUCACUCAUUCUGUGAACCUAGUAAUUUUUCUGAAGAAUUGGCUCUUCCCACCUCUCUUUUCCCAGAGACUUUAUGGUCCCUGAAAAGGAAAUGAAGACCUCGUUCAGCCUCUCCACUGUGGUUCCAGGAAGAUGUUGCAUUUCGUAGUCUCUCUUUUUGUCUCUAAAUUGGUCUUUCUUUUUAUUGGAUUUUUCCCUUUCCUUUUCUGAUUUCCCCAAAGACCCAUCAGAUGUUCACUGCUUCCUGAGAUGUAAAGUGAUGCUGUGUUCCUUUGUAUGCAUGGCCUCCCUUUCUACAUCCUUAACAUCCUUUCCUUUGUAACAAUAAAAAAGUGUCAAUAAUAAUAAUAAAAGUAAAACCUAUGGGCAAAUCA